CAUGGCCGCCUCGCCGCGCGCCCUUUUCCGGCUCGUCGUCGCCUCCGCGCGCUCGCGCGUGCUCCUGCUGCCGCCCCCCGCCCGCCCGCUGCUCGGGGCGCGGGCCUGCAGCACCGGGGCCCAGUUCCAUUACCUGGCAGUACAGAAGACAGGGACACAGCAGAAUGUGGGCCUGAUCCAGCUGAACCGACCGCAGGCUCUCAAUGCCCUCUGCGAGGGGCUUAUGGAGGAGCUGCGACGGGCACUGGAGGCCAUGGAGAAUGAUCCACAGGUGGGGGCCAUCGUCAUCACCGGCAGCCAAAAAGCCUUUGCAGCUGGUGCUGACAUCAAGGAGAUGCAGAAUAAAGGCUUCCAGGAGUGCUACAGCAGUGGUUUCCUCUCUGGUUGGGACAAGGUGUCCACUGUCCGCAAACCAGUCAUCGCUGCCGUCAAUGGCUAUGCUCUGGGUGGUGGGUGUGAGCUGGCCAUGAUGUGUGACAUCAUCUACGCCGGGGAGAAGGCACAGUUUGGACAACCUGAAAUCCUGCUGGGGACCAUCCCAGGUGCUGGAGGGACACAGAGGCUGACCAGGGCGGUAGGGAAGUCUCUGGCGAUGGAGAUGGUCCUAACUGGGGAUCGGAUUUCAGCAGCAGAAGCAAAGGAGGCAGGUCUGGUCAGCAAGGUCUUUCCUGUGGACAAGCUGCUCAAUGCAGCCAUUGCCUGCGCUGAGAAGAUUGCCAGCAACUCCAAGCUGGUGGCUGCCAUGGCAAAGGAGUCAGUCAAUGCUGCCUUCGAGACAACGCUGGCAGAGGGAACCAGGACAGAGAAGCGGCUUUUUUAUGCCACCUUUGCCACUGAUGACCGCAGGGAGGGGAUGACAGCAUUUGUGGAGAAGCGGAAGGCGAAAUUCACUGACAGCUGAGCCCAGGAUGCUGCAGGUCCCCAUGGCCACUUGCUUCUAUCUGUCCCCUGUGUAACCCUGUGAAGAGGUCCAGAACCUGGCAGGAAGUGAAUGUCUCUGGAGUGAGACAGUGGGGCAGCGGGGACCAUUUUUGCCAUGGCUAUUAAAAGGCUUUCUUGGCACA